UUUUUUCAACAUUAAUGUACAGAGUAAAAGAUGUCCAUUUGUACACAAAGAACAUAUUAUAGCUAAAGUUUGCAAAGAAAAAAGCUUGGGAGGGGGGAUUUCGACUUUUUGCCACCAGUGAGGAAAAAGUAGAAUUUUUUCAUCCCGCUUCUGUUUCGUAAGCUGUUUGAAAUUAUGCAAGUUCUGUUAUAAUUGAUUGUCUUACAGAGCAUAAACACAUCGAAGGGGAGGUAAAUGUUGUCAUCUCUAACAAGUGGCCAUCUUGCACAAGUAGUCAUUAUGGCAGGCUAUGGCCGAUCCCUUAUCCGGUCAAUGUCUUGAUGUGAAAUGCCCAACCACAUUUGCUGCACAGGAUACAUCACCACAUCAUCUUAAUGUUGUCAGCAGUUUUGAGCAAGAAAUUACUCUUCCACCGUCAUCCCAACUGUUUACAUCAGAUGGAAAUAACGUUGUUGCUUUUGUAAGCUCAGUAAAUGCUCCGUUGGAUAGUCAAGAUGGUCAAACUGUUGUAUUCACCACCCUUCCAAACAUUCAAUGUGCUGAUAGUGAAGUACUAACCUUAGAAACAAAUCAAAAUGUUGAACUACAAACUAGCAAUAUUGAGACAGACGAAAGUUUAAAUACGGAUGUCAUUGUACUGCAACCAAUUGACCAUAACAAUGAGAUAGAAAAUAAUCUGGAACCAAUUGAUCAAUCAACCAUCCUUAUUCCACAAGAUUCUGUAAAUCAAAUGCAGCAAGGAAAUCUACAUGUUUCAUCUGAUACUGACUAUGCUGUUCAUUUUAAGAAUGAAAUGGGUGGCAUGGUAUUAGCAACAAUCCAACCAAUCUCCUCUUUAACGCCUUCUAUGGUUCCUAAUACUAAUCUUCAACUAGAAGUGAAAAAUCCUAAAUAUUUCUGUUUGUCAACUACUGAAGAAGUGGAAGAAGCUAUUCGCAAGCACACUGAAGAAACAUUUUCCCACUUUGUUGUUGCAAAGAAGACGAAAGCCUAUGGAGCACCUGUUACUUCUAUCGAUAUUACUACAAAAUUUCGUAUUCAUUGGCAAUCUCGAGAUUUGACAACAACAGAGGAAUGUGCUGUUCAGAUUCCAUUUGAAGGUGUGCCAUUUAUCUACAUUGGGGAAAAAGCAUAUAUGUGCCAUCUUGGAAGAAGCAAAGCAAGCAAAAACAAACCUGUUCAACCUAGCGAGGAGAGUUUUGAUGCAAAACCAAAAAGACAUCGUUCAAGAAUGACAAAGAAACAAGGUUGUCCUGCAAAGAUUUUUGUCAAGCAGAUUGCUAAAUUCCCACACUUUCGCAUUGCGAAUAACUCUGAGUAUCUGAGAACUCAAAUGUCGCAGAAGUUAAGAAAAUCUCUAUUGUCUAAUAAUGGUCAAAUUGAGCAUAUCAUUCAAUUUAUUGGAACGUUGCCAGACAUAUCAGAACACAGUAAUCAUGAUAUUGGAGAGAACACUCCAGUACGGGAGCCCAUUGAUCCACUCAUUCGAGACAAAAUUAUUGAAUUAUCAUGGGAACAAGGGGAAAAUGCUAUGCCGCGUGAAAUAAAAGAAAUGUUAGAGAACUACGUGGAAAAUAUUCUCUUUAAAGGCAAAACAACCCCUUCAAAGAAUAGACGUCGAUUCUACCCAAGUGAAAAAGACAUCGCUAAUUACAUCUACAAGUCAAGAGUGCUUUCAAAGCUGACGAUCCACGAACAAGACCAGCUUCAUGUCUUAAUUGGCAAUCUAGAACAAGAAAACCCUCAAGAAAAACUUGCCUUCAGGGUUGAAUCUGAAGAUCAUUUUCAGCAUGACCAACACAUAAACGAAACGCAGGAGACAGAAGACAUGAAUAAUCCACAUAACCACACCAACACGACCGAGCAUCGCAUCAUAUUUUCAUAUCAGACCCGCAAUCAACAAAGACUGCUUAAGCGUUAUGGAAAGCAAGUGAUUCUAACGGAGAUUUCCAAGCCGGGCAUGAAUUUACCUUUUCCGUUGUUUGGUGUUUUUGUUCCCACCAACGUGGAUUUUCAAAUUGUCUACUCAUUUGUGGUACAGACAAGAUCAAAACAAUGUUUGAAAGAGGGGCUAACAAGUUUGAUGGAGUGGAAUCCUUACUGGACGCCGAAGUUCUUUGUUGUAGAUUUCUCCCACGAUCAAAUCCAUGUGAUCGAAAGUCUUUUCCCAUCUUGUGUGAUUUCGAUAUCAGAAAUAUCUCGCGAUUUCUGUUGGACUAUGUGGUUAAACCACCCUGCCAAUAUUGCCAAUUUAGUUGGUGACAAGGACGAAGUCUUCGAAAAACUUAACAACAUCGCAAAUUCUUACACUGAAGAAACAUUGAAUAAAGCUGCACAAGAUCUUGAGAAUAGUGAAGUUUGGAAGUUGUCGGAAGAUUUACGGGAUUGGUUUUCAACAGAUUGGUUAGCUGAAGCAAAACGUUGGGUUGUCGGCUACCGGCAUGACGAUUACUUUCCUACUCUGCAUUUUGAAGUGACUUUCACAGAAGAACUGGAAGGUUUAAGAGGGGCGCAUUACACUCACAUAAAGAAUAAAAAAAUCGUGGACUUCUUGAAACUUUUGGUUGAUGAAUUGAUUCCCAGCUUCUACGAUAGAUAUGUCAGUCGGAACAUCCUUGACUAUCGUAAUCAGUGUUUACUCGCGAAGCUUCCAAGUAACUCGCCAUCCUAUUUACAAUACAAGCCUUCUACAGUGAUCAAACACGUGACGGAGCGAAUGAAAGCCAUCAAUAUCAGCGAGUAUACCAUUAAUCAAAUACAGACAGGUUUAUUUUGGGUGCAGAACAAGAACGAACCCGAUGCUACCUAUGCAAUGUGUUUCGGUGACGCAACAACGCUACCAUCUUGCGUAUGUAUUGAUUGGUUGAAAUAUAGGUUACCGUGCAAGCAUAUGCUGGCGGUUUUUCAAGGUUUUAGUGGAUGGGGCUGGGAUAUGCUUUCUUCUCUGUAUUCCGGAAACCCGACGUUAAACAUGGAUUUGUCUUGUUUUGAUAAGAACCAGUUGGAUGAAUGUUUGCGCAGUGCCGACAAAAAAGAAAAGAAUGACAAUGAACAGACUGCUGCGCAAGUGACCACAAACACGACAAACCCAGCAACGUUGUCUAUAGUAAAACCGCUCAUGAAAGUUGGUGGUGUGAAAGCAAUGCUAAAUCCAAUGAAUGUUUUAACUGCAAGUAGUACAAGCGAAGUGGUGUCGGAAGAUGGUCUUCAAUUUCCUACCAAUCUUGUGACGGAUUGCGACACUUUUUGUCAGGAGUUGUCGAACACGAUAAGACAAGUUGAGGACAAGAACAUGCUGCAAAAAGUCAAGCUGGAUUUGCAGUUAAUGCUUAACGAUGUGAAGCUAGAAAUAGCAAAAAUUCCGCAGACCACUAAGCUAGGGGGGAAGAGACCUUCGAUCGACGGGAAUUCUUCUGAGAUAAAUAAGAAAUCGAAGCUAAUUCCCAGUGUAGAUAGAAAUGACGUAAAAGUUAAUAAUUUGCUGGAGAACGAAAAGAAAACAGAUUCGAGUUUAUCAGCAACUGACACUCUUCUGCUGACUGUAAACAACGACGUGGAUGGAAAUAUUUCUGAAAUUCCUAGUACAAACGACCAACAUGGUACAGGUGGCAAUGAUGUACCAGUUGACGAUGACUUAUGGAUCUUUGAUGCUGAGUUGAACAUCAAACUGAAUAAAAAUGAUCAGAAAUGUAUACUUUCGGGAGAACCACUUUCAUUGGAUGUUAUUAAAAGCGUUCAAAAUGUGUUACGUCAUCAGUUUAGCGAUGUUGAAGGUUUAUGUGACCCUGACAUUUUAGCCGAUCACUCUAAAGACAUCGCAAAGUUGAGUAGUGAUAAAAAAGUAGUUCAGUUGCAUAUGUCUGACAGUGGACAUUGGUCAGCUUCUGCAAAAAUUACUGAGAACAUUUUCAUCUUUUGUUGUACUUUAAGUUCCAAAGCUACCGUUAUUGAGCAGAUCUUAAAAAUGACGCCUGAGAAUUGCUUAGGAGAUAACAUCUUGUUUAUCGAACGCGUUGAAAAGGACGAGCACAUUAAAGAGUGUGGACUUUACGCUAUCGCCUAUACUGUUGCUUUUGCCUUUGACAUUGAACCAAGAAAUUUAGUAUUUGAUGAAAGUGGAAUGCGAGCACACUUAGCUGAAUGUUUGGAAGAUAUGUGUUUUUCAAUGUUUCCUUUAAAAACGUAAUAAUACUAACAACGAUUA